AUGACUACGAGUUUUGGCUCCAUUUGCUUCGGCGCCCUCUUAGUGGCUAUCAUCGAACUCAUUCGUUUCCUUGUCGAAUCUAUUGAUAGCGAUGAUAAUUUUCUGAAGUGCAUCCUAGACUGCAUUUUAGCGUGCAUUGAGAGAAUAAUCGAGUAUUUUAAUACCUACGCCUUUGUGCAUGUGGCCAUCUACGGAUGCGGGUAUUUCGAAGCUGCUACGCGUACAUUUCAGUUGUUCCAACAGUGUCUAUUUAAAGCGAUUGUAAACGACUGCCUGGUAAAUCCAACUCUUACAAUAUCUUCAUUUGGCUUGUCUCUGGUUUUGGGUAUUGCUAGUUACAUCAUAGAUCAGAACAUAUUCAUGGGUAUAAUUGUUUUUUUUGUGUGCCUUUUGAUCUCUAAUUUAUUGUUUUCGCCCAUUAAGAGCGCUGUUGUAACUAUAUUCGUAUGCUUUGCGGAGGUUCCUGAAGGUUUGGAGAAAUCCGAUCCGUUGCUAUAUCAGAAAAUACUUAAUGCAAAUGCUGAGAUUGAACAGAGUUAA